UUUCCGCGUCGGAAUUCUGUCUGCCUGACUGCGCACUAGCGGCAGAGGCUUUCUGCUGCUUAAACACAAACAUUGACGAACAUGGCGCCGACACUUGCCACGUCUGUCUUGUCAUUUCUCGUGUUUUUAAAUAUUUGUACAUAUUCACUUCCUCAAGAGGCGGCAGUACCAUGGUACGAAUCUUUGCCUGCCGUGGCUAUGGAUUAUAAAGUCCACAUUGAUCCCGGGAAGGAGGACUGCUACUUCCAAUAUGUGAACCCCGGUGCCACCUUUUAUGUCAGCUUUCAGGUAUUAAGAGGAGGUGAUGGAAAUGCUGGUUUCGCUGUUCGUCAUCCCAAUGGACAGAUAGUUCACCCUUAUCAAUGGCGUCCUAAUUCUGAUUACCAAGAUCAGCAAUCAACUGGAGGCUAUUACAGUGUUUGCAUAGAUAAUCAGUUCUCUAGAUUUGCUGCCAAGCUAGUGAAUCUUUAUAUCACUGUCAUUAGGUACGACCAAUGGGACAAGUACACUAAGGAGCUGGAAGACCUCAAUCUUAGUGUAGAAAACUUUACGGAAUCAAUUAUUUCAGUUGAGAGGAAUAUUAAUGAGAUGCUGCAAUACCAACAUCACAGCAGAGGAAGAGAGGCUCGAGACUUUAACCUUCUAGAAGACAAUCAUUCUUAUGUUAUGAAUUGGUCCUUAGUACAGAUAAUAAUCAUAAUUGCAACAUCAACACUUCAGGUCUUUUUUGUAAGAAAAUUAUUUGAAAUCAAAAAUGCUCGACCAAGAGCUUAAAUUCAUUUACUUUUUGAAAAAGGAAAUAGGUAUUUUUGGCUUAACUGUCUGAAUUUAAUUUAUGUUCUGAGUCUUCACACUAUCGAUUAUGAACAUUCUACUCAAAAGUAGCACUUAUGAUCAAAUCAAACUAGGAAAAAAACACAAAAUCAAUACUUUUGUAUUUAUUAUUUCCUUACAAUGAGCUCUCUUCUAUUAUGUAGAUUUUACAAUGGCGGGUGGAAAAAUUGAACCUAUUUGUUAAUUUUAAGGUAUUUUAUAAUAUUGACAUUUGUUCUGGGCUAUCAUUGCAUUGUGAUACUGUGCAAAUUGUGAUGUGUGUACUUAAUUUCAGACCAGAUUCCUCCAAUGUUCACUUGAUUGAGGAUCUCAGAAACAGUUAUCUAGUUAACAUUUAUUACACAGAUAAUGUGUAAUAGAUUCUGAAAGACUUAAAAAAUUUAUAUGCCAUACCAGAUCAUUCCAUAGAAAAGUUUCUCAGUAUUAAUGUUAUUCCGUGAUAGUAACUCCUUGAACACACACUGAUGACUGACGUAUGUUGAAGAAACCUGUUACUUUUGUAUUGAGUAUUUAUGUUGAACUGAUUUUGUAAUUUUAUUUUUAAAAUUUCUAGGACUUUGACUCAAAAAUCAAAUUAUUGCUUGUUUAUUUUUAUGUACUUUGUCGUUAACUUGUAUUGUCUUUGUAUUGUGUUGUUGAUAUUGCUUCUUGUUAAUUUUUUUUAUUAAAAGCGUCACUCUUUUCAUUUUGUCUUGUCAGUGUUUUAAGUAAUAUGUUAUGAAAUGGGUCUUGUAAAAGGAAACAAAAGAGAGUUGACGUGAAAAAUAAAACUUGGAAUGCAGCAAAAUCCAUAAA